AUGUCGUGGAGUCUUGAUUUUAAUUGGAGAUAUGUAUACUUGAUAGCAAUUGGGUUAAAAUUUGUACUUGCAUUAUCCAAUUCUUAUAUUCAUCCUGAUGAACAUUUUCAAAGCUUUGAAGUUUUAACUAAUAAAAUUUUCAACUUCACUACAAAUCCACCAUGGGAAUUUUCAUCUGACACACCAGCUAGAAGCUUAGGGCCGUUAUAUUUACUUUACGGCCCAUUAUUGUAUUCAAUUAAAUUAGUGGGAUCAAAGCUUAGUCCGUUACAAAUAUGGUAUAUGACUAGAUUGCAGAAUGUUAUAAUCGGAUGGGUAAUUACGGACAUGUGCAUCCAUAGGUUAUUACCUACAAAACCAGAAAGAAUAAAGGGGUUGUUUUAUACACUGACAUCGUACAUAACAUUAGUAUAUCAAUCACACGGCUUUUCCAAUAGUAUUGAAACAUGGUUGGUUUUAAUUUGCGUUUUGAUUAUAAAUGAUUUACGGUUCAUUCUAGAGCUGAAAGUACCAGAAUUACAAAUACAAAACCAAAACCAAAGAUUAUUUUGGUUUGGGGUUCUUGCAUCCAUUGGUAUAUUCAAUAGAAUAACGUUUCCGGCAUUCUUGGUUCUUCCAGCUUUUUACUUAAUAAAAUACUUAUGGCAUAAUAAGAUAAGUACAGUCUUUUGUUUAUUAGGAUUUAUUGUCCCAACCAUAGCUUUUAUCUUGAUAGAUACAUUUGAAUUUAAUGGUUCCAUUGAUGCCGUUUUAGAUCAUCCUUUUGAUUUAAGCAGUUACGUGAUAACUCCUUUGAAUAACCUUAUCUAUAAUUCAAAAGUAGAGAAUUUAUCGAACCACGGCCUUCACCCGUAUUAUACACAUUUAUUAGUCAACUUACCGCAAAUAAUGGGGCCUGGAUUGUUUUUCAUGGUUUCUAAUUUUAAAAACCAAUAUUGGAGGACUACACCAUUUUUAGCGGUUAUAAGUGGCGUAUCGGUAUUGUCGUUUAUUCCACAUCAAGAAUUGAGAUUUUUAAUACCAAUUGUACCGUUAGCAUGUUGUUGCUUUGAUUUGAAGAACAUUUCAUCUACAUCCAAGAAAGAAAAGGUCGUCAAAGCGCCACCGUUCGUUUCUAUAUUGAUGAAUUUAUGGUAUAUUUUUAAUGCUUUUAUGGCAGUAUUAUUGGGAGUAUAUCACCAAGGAGGUGUAGUUCCAGCCUUAGAUUAUUUUCAUAAUAAUACAUUCCAGAAAUCUUCAAGUCAAUCAAUUCAAAUUUGGUGGAGAACCUAUUCCCCUCCUUCUUGGAUUCUUGGUGACAAGUACAAUACAUUACAGGUUUUAACAGUAACUGAUGAUUCUCCAUUAUUUGAAUUCGAUUCAACAAAAUCAAAUCAUUUAAUAGAUACAAUGGGUAGUAACUACAAACAUGUUACAAAGUUAAUAGAGAGUUUCAAAGAUUUCAGAGGAUCCAUUUAUUUAAUUGCCCCAACGGCUUCUAUGCGUGAACAUAAUGAUAUUCCCAUGAAUCAAGUAUGGAAUUAUACUCAUCAUUUAGAUUUGGAUCACUUAGACUUUUCUGAUUUGCAAAGUUUGAAGCCUGGGUUAGGGAUUUAUGAAAUAUUAUGA